CUCCCGACGACCUCUCCUCUAUCUAGCCUCGAUUGUGCUGAAAAGCCCGAGCGAUCUGAAAAGAAUUGAAAUGGCCUCAUCCUUGUCCACGUCAAUCCGGCUUGAGCCGCUCCCACCAGGAACCAACACCAACGUCGUGACGCAGCGCGAAGGCCUGUCCUCCUCCUCGGCGCGCCAUCUUUCUUCCUCUGAAGGAGAUCCCGUUCUUGAAGCCUCCAGAGCAGCCGAUAGCGCAGUCCCCGACGGUGGUCGCGGAUGGGUCGUCAUCGCCGCCUGCGCCAUCGUUGCAUGGUGGUUCGUCGGCACGAGCUACAGCUGGGGCAUCAUCCAGGAUGCUCUCGUUACUGAAGGCAUCGCGUCUCCGUCUACUCUGGCCUUCGUGGGCUCGUUGUCCGCUGCACUCAUCAGCGCUCUGGCUAUCGUCAAUGCACGCGUCAUUCGAUGGAUGGGCUCACAGCGCACCGCAAUGUUGGGCGUCUCUUUCUUGGGGCUGUCGGCGAUAACGAGCAGCUUCACAGUGAAGAACAUCACCGGGCUGUUUUUCACCAGCGGUAUUUUACUUGGCCUGGGAUUGAGCUUGUGCUUUAUGACUGUCUCGGUGACGCCGGCCCAGUACUUCAACCGCAGACGGGGCCUCGCAAACGGCAUCGUCUUUGCGGGAGGCGGUCUUGGUGGUGCCGUCACUAGCUACGGUCUAGACGCCCUCAUCCUAAAAUUCGGACCAGCUUGGACAUAUCGCAUUCUUGGAAUUGCAACCCUCGUCACUGGACUUCCGGCGGCCUGGUUCAUACAAGAGCGAACACCCAUCCGAACCGCUGGCUUCAUCGAGUGGCGGCUCUUCAAAGACCCAGGUUUCGUGCUCAUAUUCGCUGUCGGCGCUAUAGGAACCUUCCCACUCUUUGUUCCUCCCUUCUUCAUCCCUCUCUACAGCCGGUCUAUGGGAUUAUCGUCCAGCACCGGCGCUGGGCUCCUCGCAGGUUUCAACUUCGCAUCCGCCGUUGGUCGCAUCAUCUGUGGUCAUUUUUGCGACGUCUUCGGGCCUCUGAACACGCUGAUGGUCUCUCUAAUGCUUACCGCGAUUAGUAUGCUGACUCUAUGGCCAGCAUCCACCUCGCUUGCUCCGUUGGCCAUCUUUGUAGUCGUGAAUGGAGCAUCUAACGGCGGGUUUUUCGCCACCAUGCCCACAGUUGUAAGCAAUACAUUCGGCUCUGCGAGAGUAUCUAUCGCCAUGGGCAUGAUUGUUACUGGAUGGGUUGGAGGAUAUCUGAUGGGCGCUCCUAUUGCGGGAUACUUGCUUGAGUCAUACGGAGGAGCCGAAUCUGGACUUCAAGCGUAUCGUCCAGCUAUGUUCUAUGCUGGCGCACUUGCGCUUGGUGCUUCGGGGUUGGUUGCAUUUAUGCGCUUCCGCACGAACCAAAAGCUGUUCGUAAAGGUGUAAGAAGUGUGCCAGCAUACGUGGCCACUAUGGGACCAGGACGGCAGCAUCAUUGUUCCAUAGAGCCUCGCCGUUACCAAUUGAGCUUCAACUUCAGCUGGAUUUUGAAAAGAUUGUAUAUCUUUUAGUGCUGAAAUAAUAUUUUCAUUGCGUCUAAGAAUAUGAAGAUUGUUGAGUAUUAUAUUAUUAUGUCGGAAGGUUAUAUAUUGGAUCGUUGCUGAGCUUGUUAAGUCGGCCGAGCCAACGAGGGUUCUUUUAGUAUAGAAGGAGGC